AUGACCAACCAAUCAACAGUGGUGGAUUUACGCCUUUCAUCCAAGAGAGUUGUUGGCAAACCAGUCAAGUUGCCCACAGUCCUAGCGUGCUCAGGGUCAGAUUCUUCCGGUGGUGCAGGGAUCGAAGCAGAUAUCAAAUCCAUCACGGCUUUUGGGUGCUAUGCGCUAACAGCAAUUACAUCUUUAACUGCCCAGAAUACCAAAGGUGUCACCAGUAUAGAAAACACCGACCCAAAGUUUUUCGAAGAGAUUUUAGAGGCAAAUUUUGAGGACAUUGAAAUCGAUGUGGUGAAAACUGGACUGUUAAACCCUGAGUCAUCUCGUUUAUUGCUGAAAUUUUUAGAUAAAUACCACAAAGGAAAGCCAUUUGUCCUGGAUCCGGUCUUAGUGGCUACGUCUGGUUCAAUGCUUGCAGAUCAACACGAAUUAGGGUUCACCAUUGAUUCUCAUUUUAAGAAAGCUACUAUCAUUACUCCAAAUUUCGAAGAGGCAUGUGUGAUCUACUCUUACUUGAAAAAGCUGAAGACUGUAGAUGAGUUGGGUGAAAUAGAAACUUUAGAGGAUUUGAAAGGAAUGGCCAAGUUCAUCCAGCAAACUACACAUUGCAACUCUGUUCUUCUUAAAGGUGGCCAUAUUCCCUGGAAUAGAAACGAGCAGUUGGUUAAAAAAAAGGGAGGAGAUCCAGCAUACAUUACUGAUAUUCUUUAUCAGGGUCAUUUGGAUAAAUUCACGGUAAUCAAGACAGAUUACUUGACAAGUUCUGGAACUCAUGGUUCUGGGUGUACGAUUGCUGCCUCAAUUGCUGCAAACAUUGCCCGUUCGUUGAAGAUUGAGGAUGCUGUAAUUUCUUCGAUUAGAUACGUUCAUCAGGCAAUUUUUGGAGCAGAUGAGACGCUAGGACAAGGAAAAGGCCCUUUGAAUCAUGUGUUUCAUAUUUCUCCUCCCAUUAACGGCACAAGUGCUGAGAAUAACUUUCUUCCGUUCUAUCCAGGUCACUUCUUAGAUUACUUACUGGAGCAUCCUUUGGUGAGUCCCAUCUGGAAGAACUACAUCAACCACCCAUUUUUAGAAAACGUAGCAACAAAUAAGCUGGCUAAGAACAGAUUCAUCCACUACAUUUGUCAAGAUUACGUGUAUCUAGCUUCUUAUGCCCGUGUCCACGGCUUAGCUGCCGGAGUUGCACCUGAUAUUGAAAGCAUAAAGGCAGAAGCCCAUAUAAUCGACUCCAUCAUGGAAGAAAUGCAUAGACAUAAAGACGUAUUGAACUCUCGUGGAAUUGUGAAACUGGAUGAAUUAAGACCCUCCAAGGCCUGCAAACAGUAUUCCGACUACCUCCUAAACAUUGCGAAGACAUCAGACUGGGUGGCCAUAAAAAUCGCCUUAGCACCAUGCAUCUUUGGCUACUAUUACGCUGCCAUUUAUGCUCGGUCGUUUAUCAAGGAUGAAGCUGACGUGGACGAAGAAUUCUUGAAUUGGAUCAAUACGUAUACCGGUGAUUGGUACAAAGAUGCUGUUGACGAGGCCAGACAGUCGCUAGAAAGCCAUAUGCAAGCUGUUUCUCCCGUCCAGUUAGCAGAGCUAGUCAAGAUCUUUGCAGAUGUCUGUCAAUUGGAGGUGAACUUCUGGACUUCGCCAAUGGAACUACCAGAACAAGAUCUAUGA